AUGACUGCUAUGGCACCUUUGGAGAUUCGGGUAUUUUCUGAGCUUGUGAACAAAGCAAAGGUGGUGGAGGAUUGUGCUAAGAAGGUGACAUUGGCUAGAGAUAACCGAAGAGGAAACAAUGCUAGAGGCCGAGAUCCUUUGAUGAGAUGUAACUGUUUAUUUGGUGAUAAAAUAUUGGUUGUAUUGUAUGAUACUGGGGCUUCGCAUUCUUUCAUUUCAUUUGAUAAGGUUGAAGAACUAGGAUUGAAAAUGUCAGAAUUAGCUUUUAACUUGUAUGUGCAUACCCCAUAUCAGAAGAUAAUUUUGGGAUUUGAUUGGUUAUCAAAGAAUCAGGUUUUGUUGGAUUGCUUUGAGGGAUCAAUUCGGUUUUUGCCGGAAUGGAAAGGUGGAGCAGUGGUAGCUGAGGGUUAUUACCUGAACUCUGUGUUGGUGAACUGUGGUGGAGAAGAGUGUCAGGGUUAUAUAUUGAGCCAGACCAGUGUCGAUUUUGCUGUACUGAAUGGCUCCGAUAGAGUUGGCGGAAUUAAAGACUCAGUUGGAAGAGCUUACGGGGGAGCGACGAUUUUAUUGGUAAAGAAGAAAGAUGGGGGAAUGCGACUUUGCAUGGAUUAUCGGCAAUUAAACAAAGUGACUGUGAAGAACAAGUAUACGUUGCCUAGGAUAGAUGACUUAAUGGAUCAGCUGCAAUGA